AUGAAUAUUAUUGAUAGCUGAACAAAUGUCUAAAAGUAUUUAAUAACGGAGGAAUUACAAUUAAACAAACACCAAAAAGAAAAAAAGAAAAAUUACAUUUCUUUUUCAUGCUUCGCUAAUUAAAAUAAAUAAAGUUAAACCCUGAAUUAAAAACAAAAAACGGGUAGAAAAUCAAAACAUUACCCAGAAGUUCACAUCUUUUGCUCCCAAUUCCUCAAUCUCCUAAAUUGGUGACAGAAUUUUUCAUAUUUGAAGAAAGAGAUGAUUAUCAUUUAUACUUUGGUUUACUUAUUUGAAAAUCUUUAGUGAGAGAAUCGGCAAGAUUUAUUUAUUUUUUGUAGCAGUAAUUUCAUUUGAUUUAGGUUUAAAAAGAGACCAAUUAGGGAUUGGAGGAGUUUUUUUAUUUAUUAUUUGAUUCGGAUUUGAUUGAUUGUACAAAAGUAAAAUUAGGGUUAUGGAGAAAGAGGAAAGUAGCGAAAGAGGGAAAAUUGAGAAAGAUGAAUUAAAAGUAAGGAUGAAAACCUUGAAAGCUGUUAUGGAACAGUGUAAAAGAGCUCUUGAAGCUAUUAAUCCCGAUAAUUUAUAUGACGAAAACAAUGAUUCCGAUCCUGAUGAUGAUGAUGAUAGUAAUGAUAGUAAAGUAUCUGAUGAAAGAGGAAAUUGUGAGCAAUCUUCUUCUCCGGAUCAUGAAGCUGAAGAAUUGUGUGUUUUGAUAAAGUCGAAAUUGGAAGGGCCGGACUUUCUUGAAAGGCUGGAGAAUGCUCAGCUUUCAUUUAAACAAAGUUUUACUGAAGAGGGUAGUUCUUGGGACAUGGUGAAUGAUAAUGAUUUGUGGGAAGGUGGGAAGCUUGAGGAUGAUCAAGAAGAGUAUGUUGUUGUUCGGCAAGAAGACAUUGUUGAUGGGAUUGCGUCCUUCAUGGCUGCUUAUUUGUUGUCUCUUAAACAGACUAAGGACCUGACGCCUAACCAACUUCAAGAAGCUCUUGGCAAGACUUUCUCAAUAAAGAAGAAAAAGGGGAAGCUAAGAAAAGCGCUGGAUGGAACGAAAGUCAUUUACAAUGUUGCGUCUUGGAGUGCAACUGCAAUUGGGAUCUACCAAAAUCCGGCACUUCUAAGAGUGGCUACAACAGCAUUCUGGAGUUCAUGCCGUGUCAUAUCUAGGCUUUUCUGAGUUGCACAGUUUCACUCAGAAAGCUCCAUGUUUUUUCUCAAGUUUGUACAAUCCUUUCACGUUUGACAAAUUUCUGUAGAAAGCAAUUGCAUUCUAAAGUGUGCUGGAUUGAUUGAAUUCUCAGCAGAAUGAAAUCAUGUAAAUAUCUCCAAUUUAUUUGAUUAAUCAGAUUCAGGGUGCUUUGUACAGUUUCA